AUGGAGUACAACAUUCUGGAUUCUAUAAACCUUAAUGAUGAGUCUAUUUAUAAAUCUUUCACAGAUAGAUAUUUCAGCAAGAGAUACAUAUUAAAUGCUAAUGGCAUAGAACAUAAUGAUAUUAUGUUACUGUUUCAUUCAAACAGAAUAACCUUACUUUGUUUGGCCCCAAGUCAUUUUUUCUUCAAAAAGGAUGAUAAGUACAGCUUAAACUUUACUAUAGGAAAAGUGGAUAGAUUAAGUAACACUGUAAAAGGUAAAGGUAAAAAGGGUGGUCAGUUUUUGACUCCACAAUCAUCACUAUGCAAAGUAGAAUGGAGUGAUGGGACUGAAUUUAAAAUACCUUGUGGUAUGAGAGGUACUCUUAUAGAAGUGAAUGAAAAUUUGGUACAUAACCCAGAACUAUUAAGAGAACAACCUGAUGCUGAUGGAUUUAUUGCUAUAAUGUUGUCCAGUAUUGCUAUUUCAGAAGCCACCAAAAAUGAACUGUUGACUCAUGAGGAAUAUAUAAAAACCAUAAAUUUUAGUUCU